AUGCUGCGUGCCGCCACCCGCCUGGCCCCCCGGCUGGCCCCCCGCGCCGAGGCGGCCCUCGGGACACGCGGCAUGAGCUUGGCAGGCAUGAAGGGCUACGACGACAAGGAGGCGGCCGAGGAGGCUGCGGAGCUCACGUGCCCCCUGCCCGUGUGCCUUCCUGCUCCGCAUGCCGCAGAUGCUGUUCUUCAAGAAGCCAUUGGGGAGCUGGGGGAUUGGAUGCUGUUGGAGGAGAGCAUGCCGUACAGCCUGCGGUGCCAUCUGGACCGACUACUGGCAGAGGAUGAGCGCCUGCUGCGCCGGCUGCUUUCUAAGGUCCGCAAGUCGGCAGAGCAGCAUGACCAGCAUGCCGCGGUGGGCGCCAUUGAGGCGGACAAGUCCUCCCUCAAGGCGAUUGUGGGCAAGUAUAACAUCAGCGACGCCGACAUGCAGGCGCUGCUGGAGUGGAAGCACGACCAGCACCACUGA